UCUCUCGUACCCUCCCCCCCCCCCCCUCUCUCCCUCCCUCUCAAUCCCGAACUGAUAAAUUCAGCAGAUCCCACAAAGACUAGGCGAGGACAGAGAAGCAUUGCCAAGCGGCACCCCUCCCCAAUCCAUCACUCUGUAGUCUGUUCCUGGGACUCGCCGAUUCCCUCGCUGCGUCAGAUCCCGCGUCGCUUCUGUUAACCUGCGGCUACGUUGUCGCCGGAAUGUCUCUCUUCCCUUUCCAACGUUCAUCGCCGGGCUAAUCUUGGAGCUCAAUCACAGCAGCUGUUGAAAUGAACAGGGUGCAGAACAAACAGAUUCACAAUAUUGAGAAACCUUUUCCGGGAUGCCUGGGAAGAAUGGCAAACCUCUUUGAUUUGACUACAGGUGUAACUGGAAACAGGCUACUCGCAGACAAGCCACAUCAUGAUGCCUCGCUUUCAAGGAGCCAAUCUGAUGUUACAGGGAUCUUGAGUCCUCCUCUUGGCGAUCAGAUUGAAGAUAAACUGAUCCUUUCCAACUUAGCUAGAACAUUUUCAAAGAACAAUAUAAAUGGGACGCCCAUCAAGAUGCUCAUAGACCAAGAAAUGUCAAAAGACAUUGACUCUAAGCGCAGCCCACCCAAUGUAGUUGCCAGAUUAAUGGGGCUUGAGGCCUUUCCUCAUGAAGAUCCUAAUCUAGUUGUGCAAAAGAGCCAUAGAAAAGAUUUUACUCAACAUACAUGUGGUCAUUCAGAAAAACCAUCCAGACAUUGGCAGCUGGAAGGUAGUUUUAUGGACAAGCAAAUGGUACAUGAGGUUCAUAACACCACAAAGCAGGUUGAUUACAAGGAUAUUCAUGAAAUAUGGCAUCAACCUAGGAGCACUAGCCAUGUUAGAGAAAAGACACCAGAGAGAGGAAGGCGAAAUCAAAGUCAAAAAAUUAUGGAAGCAAGCCAUCUGUCUUCAGAUGAGACGAUGUGCCAGUCCAAGGAAGUUGAAGGUGCCUUGGAAGUUUUAAGUUCCAAUAAAGAUUUAUUACUUAAGUUUCUGGCUUCUCAAAAUCUUUGUGAAUUUCAGUCUACACCACCACCUGAGACAAAGCGGAUAACUAUUCUUAAACCUUCAAAGAUGAUGGACAAUGACAAAUCUCCUUGUAAGGUGAAGAAUGAUAAACCAGUCAAGAAACCAGCUAACGUUGGGCAAGCAGCUGUAUGGGACAAAAGGAAUCAUGGAUACUCUCUAGCCAGUCAGAGGGUUGACGAGUAUCCAGCUCAACCUACUCGAAUAGUGGUAUUGAAGCCUAGCUUUGGGAAGAUACAUGAGAGUAAGGCCGUGGUUACUCCAACUUCAUCCUCAUCUCAAGAUCUGCAAAUUGGAAGCUUCUAUCAGGAACCUGGAAAUGAUGCACUAGGGUCAAGAAAGGCAGCACAAGAGAGCACAGAGCAAAUGCAAGAAAAUCCUCAGGGUCUUCAUAGAGACGAAACUUUGUAUUCAUCAGUCUUUUCCAAUGGCUAUACUGGUGAUGAGAGCUCAUUCAAUCAAUCAGAAAAUGAGUAUGCAGCAGGGAAUUAUAGUGAUUCAGAAUUUAUGUCUCCAUCUCCAAGGCAUUCUUGGGAUUACAUCAAUCGUACUGGUAGUCCUUAUUCUUCAUCAUCCUUCGGCCGUGCAUCCAUUUCUCUGGAAUCAUCAGUGUGCAGAGAGGCAAAGAAACGACUCUCUGAAAGAUGGGCCAUGAUGGCAUCAAAUAUGAAUCCUCAGGAACAGAAUCAAGCAAGGAGAAGUUCUACCCUAGGUGAGAUGCUUGCUCUUUCUGACAUGAAGAAAUCUGCAGUUUCUCAGGCUGAGGUUGUUAUCAAAGACCAAGAACCAAGGGAAUCUGUUUCCUGCAAAAAUAAUUUCGAUGAAGAACAUGUGGGUGAUUCUCCGAAAAAUCUUUUCAGGUCAAAGUCUGUCCCUGUAUCUUCUAAUGUCUAUGAAACUGCGUUCAAUGUUGAAGUUUACAAUUCAGAGGUUGGCAAUAUGCCUAUUUCCAAGAAAUUGUCAAAGUCAAAGAGCUUGAAAUCAUCAUUUAAAGGGAAAGUUACAAGUUUGUUCUUCUCGAGGAACAAAAGGUCAAGUAAAGAAAGAUCCAGUCUGUCUGAAUCUAAAAAUGAAUCCCAAUCCACUGUUGUUGAAACGUCAAAAUCUCCAUCAAAUUUCCCUGGGAUCCGUGGAGAUGAUUUGUCUCGGAGCUUCAACAGUGGUGGCUUUGGAGACCGUUCUCUUCAUUCUCUUUGUGAUCCAUCAAGUAAAUCUUCAUCACAUUCAGUCUCAAAGGGACAAAAAGGCCUAAUUUCUCUAGAGCCUGGAUUGACUGUGUCAAAGCCUGGUGCUCUGGGCAUGUCAAACCAAAUCCAGGACCAGCCAAGUCCAAUUUCAGUUUUAGAACCUCCAUUUGAAGAUGAUAAUGCAGCCCGAGAAUCCUCUGACUGUAUGAAGGCCGGUCAAUUGGGUGAACAGGGACACUUGAAGUCUAAUUUAAUUGACAAAUCACCACCUAUAGAAUCUGUAGCCCGGAUCCUGUCAUGGGAUGGUUCUUGUGCAGAGGUAGCAAGUUCGGAUCCACUAAAACCAUUGAUGACUUCCCUCGAUCCAGUGGCAGAGGAACAAGACAGUCUUGUGUUGGUCCAGAAACUACUAUCAGUGUCUGGCCUUGAUGAUCAAGUGCUGUCAGACUCGUUUUACUCUAGAUGGUAUUCCCCUGAGAGCCCAUUGGACCCAACAUUGAGGGACAGAUAUGCGAAUCUGAACGGCCAGGAGCCUCUCCAGGAGGCCAAACGAAGGCAGCAAAGAUCAACUCAGAUGCUUAUAUUUGACUAUGUUAGUGCUGUGUUAAUGGAAAUUAGUGGUUACGGGUCAGAAAAGUACUUAAUGAGAAGGAUGUGCAGGCAGCCAGAGGGUGCAUCUACCCUACUGAUGGACCUCAUUUUGUCCCAAACGAAGGAAAUGACAUCUAGUGGGAUGAAGUUUGAUUGGGGGGAUGGUGGGGACAGCAACGGCAUGAUGGUAGAAAUGGUUGUUAGGAAGGAGGUUGCGGGGAAGGGAUGGUUUGAACUCAAGGGAUUGGAGAUUGAUCUUCUAGGCAGGGAAAUAGAAGGGAAGAUGCUGGAAGAGCUUGUAGAGGAGGCUGUUGUUGAUUUGACUGUUGCCUUUGCGUAAAUCGCUGCUUAGGUAAAAAUUGAAUAUGAAAGGAUGGAGUUAAGCUUGUAGGAGUGAUCAACUUUCAAAUUUUGUACGUGCAUUGUGGAGAAAGGUAAGUUCGUGUGUAUGAAGACAAAAGCUGCCAUAUCGAACAGCUAGAAAAGUAGUUAAGGGGUUUUGCCUGCAUUCGGCACCCAAAAGGUCACAAAAAGGAAGAAAAGGGCAUUGCAAUAAGUGAAAAAUCUAACGACGAAUUCAGCUGUGACGGUUUAAUAAAUGCAACUCCUCGGAGCAUGAAUACUCACUCCAUCAGACUUGGAAUUGUUAUCUUAUGCUCUUUCUAAUCUAAAAUAUAAAUAGUUUUUUU